GUGCAUUUAACUUCCACCUCCCAAACUCGUCUCCAGUCCCAACGCCACGCCUCUCUCUCGCUCUCGCUCUCCUCUGUGUCAACUUACCCAACUCUGCGAAGGCUCAGGCCACUACCGUUCAUGGCGGUCGGAAUUUCCUUCGCUAGCGGCCGAUCUUUCCGCUUCGGACGAAACCCAUUCCUAGGCCAAAAACCCACCUCCACACUCACUACCGCUUCGCUUCUGUUCUCUCCUUCAAUUCGCCAAUUCGAUUCGACUCUUAGGUUUCGAAGAAAGCCUAAUUUUACUGUUUGUUUUGUUGUUGAAGACGAAAAAUCGAAAACCCAGAUUGAGACUCGCACGGAGGAGAGUGAAGAAGAGGUUGAAAAGCAAAUCUCAGCGUCAGAGAUUCGUGUGGCACAGAAAUUGGCGAGGAAGAGAUCAGAAAGGUUUACUUACUUAGUUGCGGCUGUUAUGUCAAGUUUUGGCAUUACAUCGAUGGCCGUUAUGGCUGUGUAUUAUAGAUUCUCAUGGCAAAUGGAGGGUGGAGAAAUCCCCUUUUCGGAGAUGUUGGGUACAUUUGCUCUCUCUUUUGGCGCUGCUGUGGGAAUGGAGUUUUGGGCGAGGUGGGCUCAUAGAGCUCUCUGGCACGCUUCGCUAUGGCACAUGCAUGAGUCACACCAUAAACCCAGAGAAGGACCUUUUGAGCUAAACGACGUGUUUGCCAUAGUUAACGCCGUUCCGGCCAUAGCCCUCUUAUCCUAUGGUUUCUUCCAUAAAGGCCUCAUUCCUGGUCUCUGUUUCGGCGCUGGCCUUGGAAUUACAGUGUUUGGCAUGGCGUAUAUGUUUGUCCAUGACGGUCUUGUUCAUAAGAGGUUCGCAGUGGGACCCAUUGCAGAUGUACCCUAUUUCAAAAGAGUCGCUGCAGCUCACCAGCUGCACCACUCGGACAAGUUCAAUGGAGUACCAUAUGGGUUGUUCUUGGGACCUAAGGAAGUUGAAGAAGUCGGAGGACUUGAAGAGUUGGAGAAGGAAAUAAGUCGGAGAAUUAAAUUGUCGAACAACUAGUUCAUGAUCAACCCACCUUACAAUGUCACUUACAGUUAUUGUCAGUUUAGACAGAAAGUAGUGUGGUUAAUGAAAUGAUUUUGACAUACUGUCUUGCUCCAAUGGAAAAGGAAACGGUAGAGAAAAAAGAUACCAGCUUUUUUCAAAAGAGUUUUAUAUUCAUUGCAUAAUGUUUUCGCAUCUAGUUAUGAACGAUAAAUAGUAGAUGGUCUUAUUUUCAUUUGAGAGGUUAAUUUGAAAACUUGAACUAGC